AUGUACGAUAUUCUCUCGCCCUGGCUUUCCGCAAUAUACAGCAUUAGGUCGAGAUUUCUCCUGGUAGGCGGUGGCACUCAAUUCGAUUUCUGGGGCCAGUACCCUCACCACAAGCCUCUGGUCUCCACUAGAACAUCAAUGCUCACUUUGAUGCUACCAGCUAGAGAAGUUUCCACAGGGGGAUUCAGAAGAUUGAAAUUGAGUCAAGUUGUCAUAACACAACGGGUUGCACGGGCACGCACUCACGCCAACUCAAUUCUCAACCUUGCCCUGAGAUCCGCAACAAAAUCUAUGGGACAACGUAUCAUUUCUCUGAGCCUUGAGCUAAGCAGAAAUAUCGCCUUUCUUCAAACAUGCUGCCAGAUUUACCGCGAGACAAGCGGUGUACAGUGCGGCUGGAACACGUUUCGACUCGCGGUGUUAGACGAUGGCAUGGCGUUGCAGAAACUUGGGCCGGUCAAACUUCACAACCUUUUCGAUAUGCCACACCACAUACUUCGCCACAUCUUCGUUGAAAUAUUUCGUUCUCACCGAGUCACGUACAAUCUCAACAGCGUAGCAACUAUCGGAUUUGAGAGCAAUGUGCUGCGAUUAUAUAGGCUCAUCAAGGACGUCAUACAGACUGACAUGGUCUUGAGAAAUUGCCCACUCAGGCUGCUACUCAAACCGCGCUUCCGCGGUACAAACUUCUCUGAGCUCAAGAAACUGCGCAACUUUCGUCGCAAUCCACCAACUAUCGUCGGACAAUCCUACACCAAAAGUACAUCGUUGCUUCCCGACGUCAUGAUAAGCUUGUUGGGUUUCGUCCAACAGAAGACACGCCUCCCCAAGUUCACACCCGUCGAGUUCCAGCUGCGCAACACUGAAAACGUCGAACGGCUUGAAGUGGACUUUACUGCUACGACUCUUGGGGAAAUAGUGGAGCGCAGUUUCCUCUUCCUGUCUGACGUCUAUCUCGAUAUUGCGGAAUCAUAG